CUCCAUGUGCAUGCGGCUGGGUUCCCGAACGCCUCAAAGAGUUCAUGCACGAUCAACAUUAUCGGAGAAGACUAAAAAUGGAUGCAUUUGUGAUGGAAACUGAAGAGCAAAGAGCAACGUCUAUGUCAUCAAUGCCAACAUACCAAAAUCCCGAUGAUUCAACAUACGCACCGCCACCGGUUCAAGAAGAUAUGGAUAGAAGCACAAGUUCACAAUACACAGAGAGAUACGAUUGUUUUAACUUUGCCUUGGUAUGUGUGAGAUUUGGUGUGCCUGACAGAGUAGCAUCAGCAUUGGGAACCGCUCUUUUGCAAGAUUUUAAAAUUAAAGAUAAGCAUGGGAAACCUCUCAUCAUGGAUAAAUCGAAAGUUGGCAGAGAAAAAGAGAAAUGCAGACAAGAAGUGCUUCGCAAACGGUUAGAUGAUUCCAAUUUGUUAGCGUUUUCAUUCGAUGGCAGAAAAGAUGAUACUUUAACGAUAGAUAAAAUUGAUGAGAAGUAUCAUACUAGGAUGGUAAAAGAACCUCAUCUUGUUAUUUUGAGAGAACCCAAUUCUGAAUUGAUUGGUUACGUAAGACUGGAACAUGAAACCGCUGAAUACAAAACAACCAAAUUAAAUGGCUUUUUCAACGAUAAAAAUAUAUCACUGAAUGCAUUAAUUGGAAUAUGCACUGACGGUGAGCCAACAAACACUGGCCCACACGGCGGAAUUAUACGACGAUUCGAAUUGCUGUUAAAAAGACCAUUGCAUUGUGAAAUGCCUUCCCGUAAAAGGCCGCGUCUCAGUCGUCAUAGUCAGAAGGCAGCAAACAGUCGAGCAAAUAGAGCAAAUGAGUCAGAGGAAGCGCAUGCGAGUCGUUUAGCUGAUUCGCGCAAGCGGGAAGUUUUGUGUAGAGCAAAUGAAAACGAAGAGCAAACUAGGCUUAGGCGUGAAACAUUGCGAUUAAAUUCCGCUGCUUCUUGA